GUUCGGCUCUUUUGUGUAUGGCGCCUCUUUCCUAGCAGAUAAUACAUGGCUGGUACAAAAUUUUCGCGACCCUACUUGGCAGACUGAGUUAAAACCGUUUAAAGAUAUCUCAAGUGAGUUAGAUUUUACUCGUAAGGCAAGAUAUAUUCGUACAGAUUUUACAAUGACAAUAGCGGAAUAUGCUAUCUUACAUCUCAGAUCUGGGAUUUCCUAA